AUGGUUUCUGACCGAUACCCCGUCACGCCUCCGGCAGAAGGCACCUACGCCCGGAGCGCGCUUCGCAAUAACGCCAAGGGCACCGAUCUCGGCCGCGAGGCGCUGGAGCGCUUCAAAAUCCGCGAGAUCUGCGAGGGAUGGGCAGCUACCGGAAUGCUGCGGAGUGCGUUUCCCAUCUUAUGGCAGAACUACCUCGCCAUCUUCUUCGAUGCCGCCUACGUCGCCACCUCCUGGAAGCAGGGCACCAUUGACGAGUUCAUCGAGGCCUCCAAGGCCGGUUUCGCCGCGGGAUUGAGCUUCAUGGAUAUCCUGCACUGGACCUGCGGUUCGCCCGUCGAGGUCGAUCCGACGCUGACCCGCGCGGUGUGCAAGAUGAAGACCACCAUCACCUGCCGCUUUACGUUUAGUGGUGUGGAAAUGGACAACGAGGCCGACUGCCGGGUUUUCUUCCUGCUGAAGAAGCGCGCGGGUCGCUGGGGCGUCUGCUUCUACACUCUUCUCUUCGAUAAGGACAAGUUCGUCCCUGUCCACCCCGCUAAGCUAAGGCCUUCGAGAUUCCCGAGGAGGAGGUCGAGCGGUUCCCCUCGGGAUACCGGUAUCUCGCUUGGGCGGAGGAGAGAAUUGGGCAUCCUUCCAAGCUGA